AUGGAGACGGCGUUACAGCCCUCCGCUUCCACGGUACCGUCGGCUUCGGUGCGGAGUGCUCCGGCAUCGGUCCGCGACCCGACACCGGCGGUGCAGACUAAGCCUACGGUGCCGCCACGGCGAGAUCACGCCCGGCACCGGUCUGCUUCGCCGGCCAAGUCCAAGAGCCAGCCCAAGGCCCGGGGUCGCUCCCCACACAAAAAGGUGGCACCAGCAAAGACCGCAAGUGCGGCCAAGGCCGUGACGGCCCCGAUACACGUCCCGGUACCAGUGGCUCCGGCGCCGAAAGGCCCGUCGAGCCCCGGGACAAGCGCGUCGAGUGAGGAGGAAGGGCUGGAGGAACUGUUGGAACAGCCCUCCACCCCGGACACGUUUGAGGCGGCAAAGGACCUCAUUGAAUUGUCCUCCGACAACACACUCCGCGCUAAAGACAUUCCGCCGCGACUGCCUUCCAAGGGCAAGCCGCGUCGGAAGAGGGCUCGGGGCUUUCCAGAUAUGGCCGCAGAGGGCACGUCGCUAGAGAGCACGAGGCCUCUUGGCAACCGCAUUGGAGCCAUCCGGGACAGUGGCCGUUCUGGACCCCGUGGGCCUAUCAUCAGCAAGGCCCUCCGUCCAGAACCUCGAGAUCGGGCCCCUCAGGAGACCGGUCUGGCACUGAAGAAGACGGCCCUCACUGAGGCCCCAUCAUUAUCAGGACAGCCUGGAGUUGGCCAAGGGAAGAAGAUAGGUCAUCGAGGAGUUGAUGCUUCUGGCGAAACUACCUACAAAAAGACCACUUCGACCACUCUGAAGGGGGCCAUCCAGCUGGGUAUUGGUUACACGGUGGGGAACCUGAGCUCCAAGCCAGAGAGAGACGUCCUGAUGCAGGAUUUUUAUGUGGUGGAGAGCAUUUUCUUCCCCAGUGAAGGAAGUAACCUCACUCCAGCUCACCACUACCCUGACUUCAGGUUCAAAACCUAUGCACCCGUGGCUUUUCGGUACUUCCGGGAGCUCUUUGGAAUUCGUCCAGAUGAUUAUUUGUAUUCGUUAUGUAACGAGCCUCUGAUCGAGCUGUCGAACCCUGGUGCCAGCGGCUCCCUCUUCUAUGUCACCAGUGAUGACGAGUUCAUCAUAAAAACUGUGAUGCACAAGGAAGCGGAAUUCUUACAGAAACUUCUUCCUGGCUACUACAUGAACCUGAACCAGAACCCACGGACCUUGCUGCCAAAAUUCUAUGGACUGUACUGCGUUCAGUCGGGAGGCAAGAACAUUCGGGUGGUGGUGAUGAACAAUAUCCUGCCCCGGGUGGUGAAAAUGCACCUCAAAUUUGACCUGAAAGGUUCGACCUACAAACGCCGGGCAUCCAAGAAGGAGAAGGAGAAAUCCAGCCCCACUUUCAAGGAUCUGGACUUCAUGCAAGACAUGCCAGAAGGCUUAAUGCUGGACACAGACACCUUCAGUGCACUGGUGAAAACGCUGCAGCGAGACUGCUUGGUGUUGGAAAGCUUUAAAAUCAUGGACUACAGCCUGCUGCUCGGGGUGCAUAACAUAGACCAGCAGGAACGGGAGCGGCAAACGGAGGGAGCCCAGAGCACGUCUGAUGAGAAGCGUCCCGUUGGGCAGAAGGCACUUUACUCCACAGCCAUGGAGUCCAUCCAGGGUGGGGCUGCCCGGGGGGAGUCCAUAGAUACAGAUGACACAAUGGGAGGAAUCCCAGCCGUGAAUGGCAAAGGAGAGCACCUCCUGCUGCACGUCGGAAUAAUAGAUAUCCUUCAGUCCUACAGGUUCAUCAAGAAGCUAGAACACACUUGGAAGGCCCUUGUCCAUGAUGGGGACACGGUCUCCGUGCACAGACCCAGCUUCUAUGCAGAGAGAUUCUUCAAAUUCAUGACCAACACAGUGUUCCGAAAGAAUUCCUCUCUGAAAUCGUCUCCAUCUAAGAAAGGCCGUAGUGCCUUGUUAGCUGUCAAGAUGCCUGGCCCAACAGCUGCAUUUUCAGCUAGCCAGAUCCCCUCGGAGAGGGAUGAAGCCCAGUAUGAUCUCCGAGCCGCCAGGAGUUACCCCACGUUGGACGACGAAGGUGCUAAACUUAACCAGGACAGGGGGGAAGGAAGGCCAGACCUGCUACCCUGCACUCCCCCUUCCUUCGAAGAAGCAACCACAGCCUCCAUAGCAACGACGCUCUCUUCAACGUCGCUCUCUGUUCCUGAGCGGUCUCCCUCGGAGACCUCUGAGCAGCCCAGGUACAGGAGGCGCACACAGUCCUCAGGGCAGGAUGGCAGGUCUCACGAGGAGGUUCGGGUUGAAGAGGAACUCCAGCAGAUAACCGUAGAGCUGGAAAGCAAAUGUGACGUUGAGAUCAUAGCUCCUGAGGAAGACGACAAAGGGCAAGCAGCCUCUUCAGCCUGUGCCAUUGCAACAGCCACAGCUACAAUCGAAGUGGAAACAGCCAGCCAGGCCUCGGAACCAGCCAGCCAGGCUUCAGAUGAAGAUGAUGUGCCAGUCGCAGACAUAUACUUUCCUACAGACGAGAGGAGUUGGGUUUACUCCCCCCUCCACUAUAGCACUCAAGUCCACUCUGUUUCCGAUGAGGAGAGCGAUACAUCGUUCUGA